AUGGAGGAAAAGAAGCCCGAUGUCGUCCCGGUUACUGCGGCGAAGGCGCCUGCGGUGAAGGAUGAGGAGGCGUUGAGCCAAGUCCACGAGGGAGAUCUUAUCUCCCUGGAUCAGGUUGACAGCGCGCUCGCACUGAAGAUGCGUCUCGUUAAUGAUGCGAUCGACAAGCUAGGCUUUACGACCUAUCACGUGAAAUUGUUCUUCCUGAACGGCUUCGGAUAUGCGGUCGAUUCGCUUUUGCUUUUUCUCAUGAGCAUCGCUGCCAACCAAGUCGUUCUCGAGUACAACCCUCCCUUCACCAGAGGCGCACAGCUUGCAUUCUACAUCUCGCUCUUGGUUGGUGCCCUGUUCUGGGGCGCCACCGCAGAUAUCGUAGGGAGAAAGUGGGCGUUUAACCUGUCCCUGUUCGUCAGUUCUGUCUUCGCCAUAGCGGCCGGGGGAGCGCCGAAUUACGUGGCUUGGGCGAGUUUGGUUGCUGUGUCUGCGUUUGGCUCAGGAGGCAAUCUGGUUCUUGACACCACAGUCUUCCUCGAGUACCUGCCUUCUCACAAACA